CGCGGACCGCGAGCAGCGCCGGCCGGGCCGGGAUGUGACGGGGCGGCCGCCCCGCGCCCGCUGCGCCGCUGCCCCGGGCCCGCGGGCCCCGCGCCCCGGGAGGCUGUCGGGGGGCGGCGGCGGCGGCGGGUCCCCCCCUGCCGCCCCCAUGUCGGAGGGGCCGCCCUACGGCGAGGGGCAGCUGGCGGGGGACGCGGCCGUGGGGCAGCUGCCCUUCCCCGUUCGCCUCCGCGGCGGCGACGGGCUGCUGGCCGGCGGGCAGGGCAAGCGGCCGCCCAAGCUGGGACAGAUCGGCCGCAGCAAGAGAGUGGUUAUUGAAGAUGACAGAAUUGAUGAUGUGCUGCAAAACCUCUCCGAAAAGGCCCCUCCCGGUGUUUAAAGCCUCCCUGGGGACGCUGGGCUGAAGCCCGGGGUGGGCUCGGUUUACAAUGGCACAGGUGAUCGGCACAAAAUAACCCCAAAACACCGCAGCGACCGCCCGAGCGCCGGGAGUGCCCAGCAGCGUCCGCACCGCAUCCCGCACGUCCUGCCCUCCGGAACGCGCGGAGGGGAGGGCGGCGAGCGAGCCCAGCCCAGCCACCAGUUCCAAAAAUGAUAAUAAAUUAAAAUAUAUAGAUAUAUAUGUAAUCGGGAAAAUAGUCACCCGCUUCAAAGCCCUCGCCCCGAGGCAUGGACGGAGGAGUCACGCCGCGGCUCUGAAUUACUCGGGAUCGCUUUUGUCGGGCUGAUGAACCUUGUGCCGCGCUAGAUCGGGGGGUAAGAGGAAAAGGGGCAGCGGGAGAUUGGGGGGGAGCAGCCCCUGGGGUCUCCCUCCGGCCAGGGUUGUUCCCAGCGGGCACCUUGUUUACAUUAUUUAAUCUUGCAAAAAUGAAUCCGUGCACUUGGAUGUACCACGCUA